UAAUUCUCCUUCGCCAUUUUGAUUUCAUCAGAAUCAACAAGAAGCUCAAAGGGUCUUCAUUUUCAGUGAAAGAAAUGAAAGAAAACCAGGACCACUGAACAAAGAAAUAUCUAUCUACCGUAAAGGAACCACUGACCAUGUCUGAGGAGGUUCAGUAUGAAGUAAUGGGGUCAACAGAGGCCCUGAUGCAGUCCAUGCUUGCCCCAGGGGCAAUCCAAGAGGUUGCAGAGGAGGAAUUGUCAUCUGGAAACCAAGAAAUCAUCAUUGAUGGGGUGCCUCUUCAGAUUCCAGCAGGAAAAUACAAGACAGAGGUUUUAGAGGACGGGACAGUGCAAGUGAUUGUUUAUCAGGAAAGCAAAGAGGAGCAGAACCCAGUUGGCCCCACGUUUUCCGAGUCUGCCAUUCAAACAGAUAUUGAUAUAAGAAGCAGACGUGCACACAGUAUUGGAAUACAAAACACAACAGUACCACAGUUUAAUAGUUACAGCUUCGCUGAGCGUGGGAUACAGACUGACCCAACUCCGGAUGAGUCUAUAGUGAUUGAACCAAACUUCAGCAUGCCGGCUGAUUUGACUAUACCAGAGGACAAUGAGGAAGCCGAUGAAACACUGAUAGAAGAGGAAAAUAAUGUUGUUGAAACACCAGGAAAGAAAAGAAAGAGAGGAAGGCCGACUAAAAACCCUCAAGUUAUACAGAAUGUGCAAACCGAUGAUGAAAACAACACUGUGAAGGGACUUCGUGCUGGCAAGGAAGUUACUUUCCACAAAUGUGGCAUCUGUGGGAAAAUCUACAAAAACAAAACCAACUGGAUGAACCACCUCAAGAUCCACGCAAAGGAGCAGGUGUUCAUGUGUGGAUACUGUGGUCAGCUAUUUCAGCGUUUCAGUUUUGUUGCUCAUGUUAAAAGUCACCAGGGUGAAGAGGAGGCCAAGGCGGAAGCUGCAAAUGCUCAGAAGAAGGAUGCUGAGACAGGAACUGUUGCAGCUGCCUCGGCAGAAACUCAAACCGUGGCUACUAACCUAAAUGAAAACCAGGAGUUUGAUGUCACUGACGAGAGUGGGGAGAAGCGAUACAUGGUUAGGAGUCACCAGGUCACGCUUCCCAACCAGCAGGUGGCGACAGUUAUAGACCUGGGUAAUCUUAUUGACGUGGCCAUGAAUGCAGAGGUCACCUCAGAUGCAGCAACAGAUGGCAUAGUAAAGGAAGGAAAUGUAAAGCCAAGUACCUCACAAGCAGAGAGGGAAGAACUUGAAACAGCUGUAGCAGAGGCUGAGCAAAGCCAGGAAGAACUACCACCUGCCGCAGAAGGAGAGACCGAAGAGGUGUCUACUAAAUACAUCUACAAAUGCAAUGUUUGUGGUAAAGAGUACAACAACAAGAGCAACUGUCACCGCCAUCUUAAGUCGCACACUCAUGACAAGACUUACAAGUGCGAUCACUGUGACAAAACCUACAUGCAUCGAUACGAACUCAAAAUGCAUAGACGCAUUCACACUGGCGAAAAGCCUUUCCAAUGUGUUAUCUGCACCAGAGCUUUCAACGAAAGUGGUAACCUCCGACGACAUAUGAAGAUUCAUGCUGGGGACGACACACCUUAUAAAUGUGGUGUCUGCUUUAAGGGAUUCACUGACUUGUAUCGCCUCCACGUCCAUUUGAAAGUUCACACCGGGGAGAUCAAAUGCGAUACUUGUGGGAAAGUGUUUGGUAAGAUAUCCGAUCUAUACCGUCACAUUCGCAUACACACCGGUGAUAAACCAUACAAGUGUGAUCAGUGUCACAAAGCGUUUUGUCAGAAGGUCAACUUACAAACCCAUUACCGUACACACACAGGGAAGAGUCCGUUCAAGUGUGAACUCUGCCACUUUACCUUCAGUCGUAAACAAAUCCUCGACAAUCACAUGAAGGUUCAUGCUGAGAUAGAAGAUGAGGAGAGAUUGAAAACGGCCGGGGAGAUUAAGAAGGAGGUGAUUGAUGAGGAACUUGAGAGUACUGAUCAAGUUCAGGAGCAGGAGGGUAGCACUAUGAUGGAAGUUGUCGACCUAUCUGUCGAUGAACAGACCGGAUUGGUUGAGGUACCUGUUGACUCCCACGAAAUGGAGACUGGACUUACACAAGAGGAACUUGCCCAGCUGGUAGCCGCCACUGUUACAGAGUAGUUCAUCUACUAGAGCUGCACUAGAAAAUACUUGUACAUAUAAAUUUGAUAUUAAUUGCAUCUACUGAAAUUCCCAUGGAUGUUUGUUAAGAAAAUGUGUCGUAUUUUGGUUCUUUCUAUCCAAACAUUGUUGCCAGAUGCUUUGUACAUACUUAAACCUUACCUGCACAUCUGACCUUUAUACUCCAAUUGCCAUUCAUUUCUGUGCCUCUUGAAAUACAAUUUCGGUACCUGUACAAAAAGGCCUACAAUAAAGUUGUCAGUCUUUGCUUAAACCUGAAUGCUAUGAUUCAGAGAUCACAGAAAAAAAUGACUUCAAUGAUAUUAAUGAUUUUUUUUCCUUUUGAAAUAUUUUCUGAAAUAUUUUGUUGCAGUAUUCAAUCAGAUUCUUUUCUGUCUCUGCUCUAAACCCGACCCCCUGCCCCCCACAACUAGUUUGAAAAUUUACAUGUGACAUUUGGAUGACUGCACUAUCAUACACACAUGUCCUGUGUGAGGCAUAUAUUGGCAUAUGUAUAUUGGCCUGAUAGUAUACCUCAGUGCAAAUACACCUCACAAUGAACUGACGAAAGUGACAUUUUUAUCAAUGAAAUCAAGUGUCAAGCAUAAGUAUUCUUUUUGUGAUACAUAAGAAGAUUUAAUACACAUUACCAAUCUGAAGAAAAAUGUUGCAAAGGAUAUAUUUUGAAUUGAUUAAGAUGAUCACACCAUGUUAAUUAAAUAUAAUUGAUGUGAUAAUACAUAUAUAAAUGUUUGUGUGUUCCAUAUACCACCUUCAAAACCAAAUUCAUAACUUUUGAGUAUAUGUAGAUCAUACUUGUAUACCAUAUAAUAUUCGUUCUGCCGUGAGUAUACUGUUAUUGCUGGCACAUCAACAGUUGUGCAUAAAUGUUGCAGCAUGAAGAUUUCAGAUUUUUACAUACAUUGUAGGUAUUGGGGGGAAAAAACUACUGGUGUAACAUGGCUUCAGUGGAUUGGUAAUUCAUUGACUUUUAGAAGUGUUUACAAAUUACCAUUCUGAGAUCACGUCAGUCUUCGAAAUAUUAGAUAUCCUAUGUCACACUCAGUUAAUAUUCUGUCAAAUCUGUCUAUAAAGGUCACUGAAAGGAACAAAAGUGACCUUUAUUGAGAGAUGACCUUCAUAAACCUUCAUGUAUUUGUUAUAUAGAGAUGGCCUUUAUUAACAGGUAUAUGUUAUAGAGGUGGUCCUUAUAAACAGGUAUUUGUUAUAAAGAGGUGACCUUUAUAAACAGGUAUAUGUUAUAGAGGUGGUCUUUAUAAACAAGUAUUUGUUAUAGAGGUGGUCUUUAUAAACAGCUAAUUUUUUUACAAAGAGGUGACCUUUAUAUACAAGUAAUUUUUAUAAAGAGGUGACCUUUAUAAACAGGUAUAUGUUAUAGAUGUGGUCUUUAUAAACAAGUAUUUGUUAUAGAGGUGGUCUUUAUAAACAGUUAUUUUUUUAUAAAGAGGUGACCUUUAUAUACAGGUAAUUUUUAUAAAGAGGUGACCUUUAUAAACAGGUAUAUGUUAUAUAGAGGUGACCUUUAUAGGCAGGUAUAUGUUAUAGAAGUGGUCUUUAUAUACAGUUAUUUUUUAUAAAGAGGUGACCUUUAUAAACAGGUAUAUGUGGAUGGCUCUCAAGGCAGGUUAAACUGUAUGUGUGCAUAAGAAUCUGUAUAUUCCAAUGUGAUGUUGCUAUUUCUGUCAGAUAAUGUAUUUGAAAGUUACUGGAAAUACAAGCAUGUUAUUCUAGCAGAAGUAGUCAAUGUCUUCAUUGAUUACAAAACAAAAUUUCAGUAGAUUUAAAUGUCACUUGUAUAUCAAAUUUCACUAAUUAGAUAAACUGGUAUGGUACACAUCAUUCCCUGUAGAAACAGCUGCACAGACAUUUUGAUGAGCAUCAAUGAUGACAGCCGACACAUUUAUAACAACUUAUAGUUAUA